AUGGGUAUUCUAAAAGUCGUCGAAGAGCGACCGACGCCCCCAUCGGUCUACAACUGGCGCGUCUACGUGCUCGCCAUCAUAGCAUCAUGCGGGUCCUGCAUGAUCGGAUACACGAGUGCCUUCAUUGGCACAACUAUCGGCCUUGAGUCUUUCCAGGAUGAGUUCGGCCUCGCCACGAAGACCACGGCCGAGAAGAACGAAGUCAGCGAGAACAUCGUGUCCAUCUUUGUUGCUGGGGCUUUCUUUGGCGCCCUGGGCACGUACUGUAUAAGUCACUUCAUUGGACGCAAGGUCUGUCUGAGUAUCGGUGCAACUGUGUUCUCCGUCGGAGCCGGUUUGACAUGUGGCGCCAAUGGGUCUCGCGGCUUGGGACUACUUUAUGCUGGACGUGUUCUGACGGGCUUGGGCACUGGAGUUGCAUCCAACAUUAUCCCCGUCUAUAUCUCAGAAUUGGCACCCCCAGCUAUUCGUGGUCGUCUUGUCGGGCUUUACGAACUUGGCUGGCAGAUUGGUGGCCUGGUUGGUUUCUGGAUCAACUACGGUAUCGAAACAACCAUGCCAGCAAGCCACGAGCAAUGGGUUAUCCCGUUUGCCGUUCAGCUGAUCCCUUCCGGCCUUCUCCUGCUUGGCUCUUUAUGGAUUCGAGAGUCUCCGCGAUGGCUCUUCCUCAAGGAUCAACGCAGGAAGGCGAUGGACAACCUGUGCUGGAUUCGUCAACUGGAACCUUCCGAUAUGUACAUCACCGAGGAGAUUGCCGGAAUUGACAAGAUCUACGAGAUGCAGAAGUCGACUGUCGGUUUCGGGUUCUGGCAGCCAUUCAAGGCACUUGGUGCUCGCCCAUAUCUGCAAUGGCGGCUGUUCCUCGGCUGCAUGCUUUUCUUCUGGCAGAACGGUUCCGGAAUCAACGCGAUCAACUACUAUUCUCCGACGAUAUUCAGGAGCCUUGGCAUCGACGGCAACACGGUGAACCUGAUGACCGGUAUCUUCGGUGUCGUCAAGGCUGUCAUGACUUUCAUCUGGCUUCUGUUCUUGGUUGACCAGCUUGGAAGGCGAAAGCUUUUGCUUAUCGGUGCGGUCACUGGGUCCGUUUGCAUGUGGAUCAUCGGUGCCUAUGUCUGCGUGGCCGAGCCUACGAAGAAUCCUACCGACCACUUGACCAGUAGUGGUACCGCAGCCGUUUUCUUCUUCUAUCUGUGGACAGCUGUUUACACUCCUACAUGGAACGGUACCCCUUGGGUCAUCAAUUCCGAAUUCUUCGAUCCAAACUUCCGCUCUCUCGCUAGUGGGAUCACCACUGCCAGCAACUGGCUGUUCAACUUCCUGGUUUCGCGUUUCACGGAGCAGAUGUUCGCAAGCAUGGGAUACGGCGUAUACUUCUUUUUCGCAUCGCUUUCGUUCCUCGCCUUCUUCUUCGCCUUCUUCCUUAUCCCGGAGACUAGCGGCGUCCCGCUCGAGCAGAUCGACAGACUGUUUGAGAUCAAGCCUGUCUGGCGCGCAAAUAAGGCGCUGAAAGCACAACUCCAGGAGGAGGAGCAGCAGUUCCGUUCACGUGUCAAGAGUGAUACCGUUCACCAAGAGAACUUGAAGGGAUCUGAAAUUGACUCGCCAUUAUGA